UUUGAAAUCAAUUGGACAUCUUCUGAACACUAACGAUAAAAGUUGAAGCUGCUAUUCAAAUUUUUAACAUUGCACGAUGGUUGAUUCUCAAGAUACUCUUUUAAAUAAUAAAUGGAAAAAACGUCCUUACAGAGUUGAAGAACAAUGGAGUACUCUAGCUAUCUUUAAAGAUAAUAAAUUAGUUCUGAAGAAGUUUAAUCAGGAAAUCAAAGAUGCUUAUAAUAUUCAAACAAAUACAUUUUAUACUCAAAAAUAUUUAAAGGAUGAUAGUGCAUGUACUAGUAUAGUUAAAUAUUUUAAUUCAAUUAGAAAAGCAUUCAAAAUAGAACACCAGUUAAGGGAUGAAUAUUGGGAAUUAGCUGCCGAAGGAGAAAAGGAAACACUAUUACAAAAAUAUUAUAGAUUAAAAUUUGAAACAGAAGAGUUAUUAAAAGAAUAUUGUUCUCAUGAGGAAGAGAACAAUGAUUGGAAUAGAAAAAAAUUAUACACAAAUAUUGAUUUUAAAAUACGAAAUAUUUUAGAAAAAUUAACGAAAUAUAGUAAUGACGGAUAUUUUCAACAGUCAAGAACUUUUGAAGUUGAUAAAUUAUCAAAAAUAUCUCAGUUAGAAAUACGUUUACGAAAAUUAGAAAUGAUUAUUGGUUCUGAACAAUUAAUGCUGAAACACUUGGGUGGCAAUAGCAAGGAUGGGUUAGUUAAAGCUGUUUGCUCAUUAAAAGAAUUUUCCAAGCAAAUUAUCUCUCAAGUGAACAAAAUUGAAUCUAGAGAUUUAAAUAUAUUACCAAAGUUAAAACAAAUUGCCACCAAACUAAAUAAUCAAAAUAUAGAUGGAAACGAAAAGAUAAAUAAGCUUUAUGAAACUAUUUUAAAAGCAAAGGAAGAAUCACAUUUGUUACCUCAUAUUAUACAAAGAAUGACUAUUUUAGACAAUUUUCAUCACCAAGUUAGUACAUUUGCAGUAACAAUUGAAAAUCAAAGAGUUCAAUAUGCAGAAUCUUCCAAAACUCUCAAGAACAAUGAAUUAUUAAUUAAUGACAUUGAUUCCCACAUAGAUAAAAAUACAUCAAUUGUAGUUUUUAGUUUACAAUCAUUACUUGCUCAAAUAGAAGUUCUUGACAACCAGUUGAAAAAUAAAAAAGUAUAA